AUGCUUGACCAGUGUAUUGUUCUCUCUGUGACCUAUGACCCCUGUGUAACCCUACAGGUGAAACUGGUUCGUCUGGUGGGCAUCAUGCUGCUGUUCUACGUGAAGAAUGAGCACGCCAAGCACAUCUCUGACAUGGAGGCAGAGUCCGUGGGCACAGGCAUAAUGGGUAGAAUGGGAAACAAAGGUGCCGUGGCCAUCCGCUUCCGCUUCCACAACUCUGACAUCUGCGUGGUCAACUCCCACUUGGCCGCCCACAUCGAGGAGUACGAGAGGCGCAACCAGGACUACAAGGACAUCUGCAGCAGGCUGCUGUUCCACCAGAACGACCCCGCCCUGGCCCCACUCACCAUCAUGAAGCACAAUGUGGUCCUAUGGCUGGGAGAUCUCAACUACAGGCUAAGUGACCUUGACAUCGACCGUGUGAAGGACUUAAUCGCCAAGAAGGAUUUUGAAACGCUGCACAGUUAUGACCAGCUGAAGAGGCAGAUCGAUGAGGAGGCUGUUUUCGUGGGCUUUGUGGAGGGAGAAAUCGGCUUCCUGCCCACUUACAAAUACGACACCGGCUCCGACCAAUGGGACACAAGUGAAAAGUGUCGCGUGCCGGCGUGGUGCGAUCGGAUCCUGUGGCGAGGCAAGAAUGUACGGCAGCUGCACUACCAGAGUCACAUGACCCUGAAGACCAGCGACCACAAGCCAGUCAGCUCCCUGCUGGAGAUAGGGAUCAAGCUGGUGAACGAAGAGUCAUACAAAAAGAAAUUUGAGGAAAUUGUGCGCUCGCUGGACAAGAUGGAGAACGAGUGCAUUCCGUCCGUAACCCUGUCCAGGCGAGAGUUCCACUUCAAAGACGUGAAAUUCAUGCAGCACCAGGCAGAGACGCUGACCCUCCACAACGACGGGCAGGUCCCGUGCCAGUUUGAGUUCAUCGAGAAGCUGGAUGAGCCCACCUACUGCAAGCCCUGGCUCACCGCCAACCCAGCCAAGGGCUUCAUUGCUCAGGGCGGCAACAUGGACAUCGACCUGGAGGUGUUUGUGAACCGCUCUACCGCCACGGAGCUCAACGCCGGCCGCCAGGAAAUCGAGGACAUCCUGGUGCUCCACCUGGAGCGGGGCAAGGACUACUUCCUCUCUGUGUCGGGCAACUACCUGCCCAGCUGCUUCGGCUCGUCCAUCCAGACCCUAUGCCAGCUGAGGGACCCCAUCCAGGAAAUUCCCCUGGAGACCGUCCGGGAGCUGACGUUGUCAGGCGAUGAGACCAGCACCUUAAUCAUCGAUAAGCCCCUGGAUAUCCCUAAAGAGAUAUGGCAGAUGGUGGACCACCUAUACCGUAAUGCUACUAAACAGGGGGAACUCUUUCAACAACCUGGGCUCCGCAGUGAAUUUGUGCAGAUAAGGGAUUGCCUUGACACUGGCAUGCCAGACUCGCUCCCUGGCAGUAACCACUCUGUGGCAGAAGCACUGCUCCUCUUCCUCGAUGCCCUCCCUGAGCCUGUGGUCCCCUUCUCCCUGUACCAGCAGUGCCUGGAGUGCUGCUCCAACAGCAGUCAGUGUAAAAAGGUCAGUACCAAUUCAACUCAUUCUUUAAAGUAGCCAACAUGACUUUUCUCA